AUGUAUCAGCCGAGUCGAACUGUCAUCGAUUGCGAUAACCGCGUAGUUCUAAACAUCGGAGGAAUUCGCUUUGAAACUUACAAAACGACAUUGAAAAAAAUCCCGGCCACCCGUCUGUCCAGGCUGACCGAGGCACUAGCUAAUUACGAUCCUGUUCUUAAUGAAUAUUUCUUCGACAGACAUCCGGGAGUUUUUGCUCAAAUUCUCAACUAUUAUCGGACAGGAAAACUCCAUUAUCCAACGAAUGUUUGUGGACCAUUGUUUGAAGAAGAAUUGGAAUUCUGGGGACUGGAUGCAAACCAGGUCGAGCCCUGUUGUUGGAUGACUUAUACAGUUCAUCGAGAUACCCAAUCAACAUUAGCAAUUUUGGAUAAUUUAGAAUUAGAUACUGAAAAACCAAGCGACGAAGAACUGGCGCGAAAGUUUGGCAUGGAAGAGGAAUACUUGGCUGGAAAAAUGAGUUGCUGGCAGAGAAUUAAGCCUAGAAUAUGGUUGCUUUUUGAUGAACCUGCAUCAUCAAUAGCUGCUAAAGUGGUAGCAGUGGUGUCGGUGUUUUUCAUCUGUGUGUCCAUCGUUACCUUUUGCUUAAAAACUCAUCCGAACAUGCGAGUUCCCAUCAUCGUGAAUCGAACCAUUCACCAGCCACCUAACGGAACCAUCCUUUGGACACUGGACAAAACCAAGACGGAAGCUCACGAGGCGUUCUUCUAUGUUGAGAGCCUGUGUAAUGCCUGGUUCUCGUUUGAAAUUGCCAGCCGGUUCUUAGUGAGUCCAAAGAAGAUGGAGUUCAUGACUGCGCCCAUCAACAUCAUCGAUUUCAUCGCCACUAUGUCAUUCUACUCAGAUAUGCUCUUGCAAAAGCUUGCUUCAGAUCUGGAGAAGGCCGACAUUUUAGAUUUUUUCAGCAUUAUUCGAAUAUUCAGACUGUUCAAGCUGACCCGCCAUUCUCGAGGCCUCAAGAUUCUGAUUCACACGUUUCAAGCAAGUGCUAAAGAACUAUUUCUACUCGUCUUCUUCCUGGUGUUGGGAAUUGUGAUCUUCGCCUCGCUCGUCUACUACGCAGAGCGACUUCAGGCCAAUCCUGCUAAUGACUUUACCAGCAUUCCAGAAGGACUUUGGUGGGCCAUAGUCACCAUGACGACUGUCGGCUACGGCGACAUGGCGCCCCGUACUUAUGUGGGUAUGCUGGUAGGUGCACUGUGUGCCCUUGCUGGCGUGCUCACCAUUGCACUGCCCGUUCCUGUCAUUGUGUCCAACUUUACCAUGUUCUACUCGCACACACAAGCCCGCGAGAAACUGCCCAAGCAAAGACGACGAGUGUUGCCGGUGGAACAGGUGCGCGUUCGGCCUGUUCGGCCAGCCGACAAUAGGGGUGGGCUGCAGCAUCGUAGGAUGAAUGCCAUUAAGCACCACCAUCCAGCUGCUCUCAAGGAUUACAGCAGCAAGACAGGAAGCAAUGCAAAUGGAAUGAAUGUGUUGCCGGGAAUUUCUCGGCUGACCGGGGCACCGAACCCGGGACCUUUCGGAGUGGCGGGGGCUGUGAUGUCCGGCUUCCCUUCCGCCGCCAACCCCGCCCUCUGCCUCGGCCCCGCCCUCCCGCCCCACUCGAGCAACGAGGAGGUCUCGAACCCGCCGCCGCCCUCCCGCGUCAGGUUCGCUUCGGCGGCAGACCUGCUGCAACCGCCGCCGCCCUCUUCCAAGCCGCCCAGCAGGAGAUCGUCUGCCCUCUCUCCCGCCAUCCACGUCACGACGCCCGUAGACGGGGUCCUCACCUCCCUCUGA